CCAACCACCCUUAUGCUUGGCCUGUGCCAGGCAGCGAAUAAGGUUCCUUCCAGUUGUCCCCAGAACUCUGUUGCCCAGAGCAUCUCUCUGUUGGCUGAAUGCUCAUGAAGCCCUUUCCUGAGCCAGCUGGGGAGGCGGCGGCCUCCUAGAGCCUGCAACAUGGAAGCUUUGGAGGUGGAUGACAUCAGCCCCGCCCUGGAGGUUACUGAGGAUUUCUUCAGUACUUUCGAUAGCAAGCUAGAAAAGGCUGUUCAGCAAGCAGAGGUUUAUGGGAUCCAGGAAGUCCCUGAACUGGUGGGGCACGAGGUACUCAGUGACAUCACAGACAAUGGUGCUAUCAGAAAUGUUGCCUCCCUAGGCGAGGGGGGCAUGCUUUGGGACCACUGUCAGACCAGGUUCUUAGAAACCAAAGUUCAAAAUGUCUUCCCUGCCAAAGAACAGUUUAUGGUCCAGAAAGGGACAGCCCCAGAUAAUCUUUCCUGGAUGGAACAAAAGGAAGCCUCAACCUUUAAUUUUUUCAACAUCUGUCAGCGUCGCAGGGACAGACCUCGUUCUGUGAAUGACUUGUUGGAUGAGACCACGACUUUUAAGCCAGGGCAUGCGCGAUCGAGGUCAGAUGUUACCCAGGUGGACUGGAGGGUGAUCCUCAAGACCACGCCUUUGCAGCAGCAGCCGCAACAACCGUCUCUUCAGGGCCCUCACUUCACCAGGCCGUCGUUCCUGUCGCCCUCACCAAAUAAGAUAGAAGAUGCUCAAGGAAAUACUGAACACAAGCAGGCAUUCCCAAACAUUCUGAAGAAAGGUUACCUGGAGAUUAGGAAGGACCACGACAGCUACUGGCAAAGCUGCUACGCAGAACUCUCACCUUACAACCUGUGCUUCUACAGCCGCGACAGCAGCGGCAACCAGAGCCUCUCUGCCACGUACCCGCUCUCCCACUUCCAGAGCAUAUCUGUCCUGGGCAACCUCGAGGCCAGGCUGGUGGACACUGUUCUGUAUGACAACACGCAGCUGCAGCUAAAGGCAGAGUCCCCGUGGGAGGCUUUGGACUGGGGGCAGAAGCUCUGGGAGGUCGUGCACGCCGCCGUGCCUGGCGACGUGGGGCGGCAGGAUGAGCUGGCAAACUCACCGGGGCCUGGUUAUCCUUUUGACUGUACACAGAGCCAUUGUUUACAGAAGCCCAGCGAGCUGCUCGCGCGGUCUCCCGUCGCAGACGGCCCCAGACGGCACCAGGACGUGCUCAGGUCCGGGACGCUGUACAGGCUCACCGUGCAGAACAACUGGAAGGCGUUCACGUUCGUGCUGAGCAGGGCCUACCUCAUGGCUUUUCAGCCCGGCAAGCUGGACGAGGACCCCCUGCUAAGCUACAACGUGGACGUGUGUCUGGCUGUCCAGAUGGACAACCUGGAUGACUGUGACUCUUGCUUUCAAGUCAUUUUCCCCCAAGAUGUCCUCCGCCUCCGUGCAGAGACGCGGCAGAGGGCUCAGGAGUGGAUGGAAGCCCUGAAAACCGCUGCCAACGUGGCGAGGAGUUCAGAGCAAAACCUGCAAGUCACCCUGAGGAGCAAGCCCCAGGAUCCGAUGGGGGGGCACGAACUCAGGAAGAGCAAGCGGCAGUCGGUGACCACCAGCUUCCUCAGCAUCCUGACGACUCUGUCUCUGGAACGAGGACUCACUGCUCAGAGCUUCAAAUGUGCAGGAUGCCAGCGAUCCAUUGGCCUUUCCAAUGGGAAAGCCAAGGUGUGCAAUUACAGCGGGUGGUAUUACUGCAGCAGCUGCCACGUGGACGACAGUUUCCUCAUCCCCGCACGCGUAGUCCACAACUGGGAUACAUCAAAAUACAAGGUGUCUAAGCAGGCCAAAGAGUUUCUGGAGUACGUGUACGAAGAGCCCCUGAUCGACAUCCAGCAGGAGAACCCCAUGCUGUACCUGCACGCCGAGCCGCUGGCCACCGUGGUGCGGCUGCGGCAGCGGCUCAAGUCGCUGCGCGCAUAUUUGUUCAGCUGCCGGGCAGCCGUGGCCGAGGAUCUGCGCCGCAGAAUUUUCCCCAGAGAAUACCUCCUUCAACAGAUCCACCUGUACUCCCUCGCCGAUCUGCAGCAGGUAAUAGAGGGAAAGCUGGCUCCAUUCCUGGGCAAGGUCAUUAAAUUUGCCAGCGCUCACGUGUACAGCUGCAGUCUUUGCAGCCAGAAGGGGUUCAUCUGUGAAAUCUGCAACAAUGGAGAGAUCCUCUACCCUUUUGAGGAUAUUUCAACAAGCAGGUGUGACAGUUGUGGCGCCGUGUUCCAUUCCGAGUGCAAAGAGAAGUCUGUGCCCUGCCCGAGGUGUGUCCGCCGGGAGCUGCAGAAGAAGCAGAAGUCGUUCUGGCGGAGGCUGAACGUGGACGAGAGCCUGGAGGAGGCCUGCAGCAUGUUCGAGCUGUCCUACCCGAACACCUGACCGGGCGGGGCCCAAGGUCAGGGUGACCUCUCAGUGAUCCACUGGCCCAGAGGCUUCCUGGGAGCCAGUCAGGCCCCUUUCAAAGAAGAGUGCGUCUCGUCUCCAGCUGGACACAGAUACAUAUUUACACGUCUACAUGCACGCACACACCCGUACGGAUGUUCUGUGUACGCCCAUGUCUGAAAGGUCCAUGGAGCCCCUGUGGCUCAGAAAGCUACCAACAGCCACUUACACUCAGCCAUGAACUUCAGCUGCUCGCUCCCAGGCAAAACGCGGUUUACACGCAAUGCUUUACACUGGGGACUGUUUUCUUUUGUUUUGUUUGUUUUGCUUGUUCCUUUGGCUGUCGGGGCCACGUUAUUACACAGGGCCCAGAAGGAAGUAUUAUUCCACAGAACAGCAGGCUUGGGCCA